AUGGAGCAACUCCAACUCCAAGGUGCCAAACACAAGACUUUCAUCUUAGCCCGAAAGGCACCUGCGAAGUCAUCUCCUGAAGCCCCGACGUUUCUCAUUGUCGAUUAUGGCGACGUGAAUGGUCUGACUCAGAUAUUGGAAGACUCCGGCAUCGAGACUGUGAUCUCGACUUUGAAUCUGGAACACGAAGCUGGGAGCCAGGCACAACUCAACCUCAUCGCCGCAGCUGACAGGUCACGCACAACACGGCGGAUCAUCCCGAGUGAAUUUCUCUCCGUCAUUGACGAGAAUGACCCUAACGCAGGCCCCGGCAUGGGAGGCUGGAUCCCGAACGCUCUGGCUUUGAAGAAGACCAACCUCGAGUACAUCCGUAUCUCAAUCGGGUUCUUCAGCGACUACUGGGGAAUGCCCCAUAUUCAUAGCCACCUGAAGCCGUUUUUCUGGGGUAUUGAUCUGGCUAACGGAAAGGCCGUGAUUCCUGGAACAGGAAAUGAGAAAUUCACUGUCACCUAUAGUGGGGAUCUUGCGAAAGUGAUCGUCAAACUUCUAGACGAGGAGAAAUGGCCUGAGCGUGGCCUUCUGUCCGGCUCUGAUAUCUCCUUCAACGAGCUGCUUGCUAUCGCUGAGAGUAUUCGAGGCUCCGAGUUCGAUGUGGUCUAUGAUCCCUUGGAAAAGUUGAAGGAGGGCCGGGCGACACUGCUCUGGCGACCUGAUGGGGUUUCCGCGGAAGAAAUGGAGGCCCUGAUGUCUGCCCAUAGCCAAAUGGUUAUCAGCGGAGCCUGUCAGCUGCCCUUGGAUGGUAGGUUAGAUAAUAGGUAUCCUGAUCUUUGCCUCAUGACUGCAGAGCAACUUCUCUCCGAGGCCUGGACCGGGAAGCUAUAA